ACCGGGCCCGGCCUGCGGCCUGCGCCUUGCCGAGCCGCCUGCUUCUUGCUUCCAGGGAGCAGCGAGCGCUUCUUCCCUCCCCGCCGGGUCCUGGGGCUUCGCCGGCGGCGCGAUGGACUUGGCCUAUGUCUGCGAGUGGGAGAAGAAGCCGAAAAGCAACCACUGCCCCUCCAUUCCCCUGGUGUGUGCAUGGUCCUGCCGCAACCUCAUCGCUUUCACCACAGACCUCAAAAACGAGGAGGAAAAAGAUCUCACCCAUAUGGUCCAUAUCAUCGACACCGAGCACCCGUGGGACGUCUAUUCCGUCAACUCUGGCCAUGCUGAAGUCAUCACUUGUUUGGAGUGGGAUCAGUCGGGGUCCAGGCUGCUCUCAGCAGAUGCGGACGGCCACAUCAAGUGCUGGAGCAUGACUGAUCACUUGGCCAACAGCUGGGAGAACACCGUGGGCAGCAUGGUGGAGGGAGACCCGGUUGUGGCUCUGUCCUGGCUGCACAAUGGCGUGAAGCUGGCGCUGCACGUGGAAAAGUCCGGAGCGUCGAACUUUGGUGAAAAGUUUUCCAGGGUCAAGUUCUCUCCGUCGCUGACGCUGUUUGGUGGGAAGCCCAUGGAGGGCUGGAUUGCCGUGACCAUCAGUGGGCUGGUGACUGUCUCCCUCCUCAAGCCCAACGGGCAGGUGCUGACGUCCACAGAGAGCCUGUGCCGCCUCCGCUGUCGCGUUGCCUUGGCAGAUGUCGCCUUCACUGGUGGGGGGAACAUCGUGGUGGCCACAUCGGAUGGCAGCAGCACCUCCCCUGUCCAGUUCUACAAAGUCUGCGUCAGCGUGGUGAAUGAAAAGUGCAAAAUAGACACUGAAAUCCUGCCUUCCCUCUUCAUGCGCUGCACCACGGACCCUGCCCGCAAAGACAAAUACCCAGCAAUCACGCACCUGAAAUUCCUUGCUCGGGACAUGUCAGAGCAGGUGUUGCUUUGUGCUUCCAACCAAAACAGCAGCAUUGUGGAGUGCUGGUCUCUGCGGAAAGAGGGCUUGCCAGUCAAUAACAUCUUCCAGCAAAUCUCCCCUGUGGUUGGAGACAAGCAGCCCAUGAUACUGAAAUGGCGGAUUCUUUCUGCCACCAAUGACUUGGAUCGGGUUUCAGCCGUGGCUCUGCCGAAGCUGCCGAUCUCCCUGACCAAUACUGACCUGAAGGUGGCCAACGACACCAAGUUCUUCCCUGGACUGGGUCUGGCUUUGGCUUUUCACGAUGGCAGCGUCCACAUUGUUCAUCGCCUGUCCUUGCAAAUGAUGGCUGUCUUCUACGGCUCUUCCUCUCAGCGCUCAGUGGAUGAGCAGACUAUCAAACGGCAGCGAACUGCUGGGCCGCUGGUUCACUUCAAAGCCAUGCAGCUCUCCUGGACAUCUCUGGCCUUGGCUGGCAUUGACAGCCAUGGGAAGCUGAGCAUGCUUCGUAUCUCCCCCUCCAUGGGCCACGUGCUGGACAUGAACAUGUCCCUCCGUCACUUGCUGUUCCUGUUGGAGUACUGCAUGGUGACUGGCUACGACUGGUGGGACAUCCUGCUCCACGUCCAACCCAACAUGGUCCAGAACCUGGUGGAGAAGCUGCACGAAGAGUACAUGCGCCAGAAUGCGGCCCUGCAGCAGGUCCUCUCCACGCGCAUUGUUGCCAUGAAGGCAUCUCUCUGCAAGCUCUCCUCCAGCACGAUAGCCCGUGUGUGUGACUACCACGCAAAGCUGUUCCUGAUCGCCAUUAGCUGCACCUUGAAAUCACUGCUACGCCCGCACUUCCUGAACACCCCGGACAAGAGUCCCGGGGACCGACUCACCGAGAUCUGCUCCAAGAUCACAGACAUAGACAUUGACAAGGUGAUGAUCAACUUGAAGACGGAAGAAUUUGUCCUGGAGAUGACCACGUUGCAGUCCCUGCAGCAGCUCAUCCAGUGGGUGGGAGACUUUGUGCUCUAUCUGCUGGCCAGCCUUCCUAACCAGGGCUCUCCUGUGCGGCCCGGACACAGCUUUCUGCGAGACGGCGCGUCCCUGGGCAUGUUCAGGGAGCUGAUGGUGGUGAUCCGUAUUUGGGGACUGCUGAAGCCAAGCUGCCUUCCCGUCUACACAGCAACCUCCGACACCCAGGACAGCAUGUCCCUCCUCUUCAGGCUCCUAACUAAGCUCUGGCUGUGCUGUCGUGAGGAAAAUCACAUAACGGAGCCAGACGAUACCCUGAUAGACGAGUGUUGCCUCCUGCCCAGCCAGUUGCUCAUUCCCAAUAUUGACUGGUUGCCCAUCAACGAUGGCAUUAUCAGCAAGCUGCAGAACAAGCAGCUUGUCCGGCUGCAGUUUGGGAAAGCUCCUGGGCUCGUUGGUCACACCGUCUCUUCCCAGUUUGAUGCCUUUGUCAGGGCGCCUGGACAGCCCAAAAUUGAUCACCUGAGGCGGCUUCAUUUAGGAGCGUACCCCACGGAGGAAUGCAAGUCCUGUACCAGGAGGAAAUGCUGCUUCUAUAGUGAGGCUUUGGUGCAUGGCACUGUCCCUUGCGUGGGAAGAAAGCAGCUGUGGUUGUGUUUAAGGCAUCCCAAACCUGGAAGACUGAGAUCCUUAAAGUGCUCCUUGAAGAGCAGCACCGUUGACUCGAGGGCUGCUGCCGUGUCAUUGCAGCGUGGCUGCUGGGUUAAAAAUCUUAUUGCUGUGCCUGCUGCAAAGUAACCCCCGCUCUGUGAGAAUUAACUGCGCCCGUCCUUGCCAGUGACUGAGCUACGUUUCGUCUGAGGGCUGAAUUAUGUGUCACAGAAUAAAUAAGAUCUUGCUUUACCAGGGAGACCUGGGGGAGGUCAGGCUGCCUGGGCAAACAGAGACCGGAACUUGGCCUGCAGGCAUCGUUACUGGUGGUGACAGAUCCCCAGCUUGUUUUGCAGGUCCGGUCUCUACAUAAACCCACCGGUGUUCUUGGAGGGGAGCUGCUGAGAGGAAACGGUCACAGCACCCACGGUUCCAUUUCUGGGUCACCUUUCAAACUGGGUUUGCAUUUUAAGGCUCUUUGUGCCGUCCUCUUCACCCACCCUCACAAAAGAGCCUGGGUUUCCAAAUCACGGUGCAGGGAGCAAACCCCCAUCCAGCCCUGUGAUUGAGCAAGCUGUAAUUACUGGGUUUAAUAGAAGGUCCCCGUAGCAGAUCAUUUUUAGGAGAUGGCUGCUGGUUUAUGCAUAAAUCUCAGCUGGGGGCUGUUGUCUUGCAGGCAGCCUCCUCCUCCAAGAUAACCUCCCUUCGUUUAAGGUAAUUGCUUGCGUGGUUUCAGCCGGUUUUCAGUGCUCGCAAACACCACCUGCCAGCGACAGAAGCUGGUCUCCUCCUCAGAGCCCUUGCUCCCUGCCGGACCCGUACAGAUGCCCCAGCAGCACUGGCUUUGUGUCCCCUCCGGGCCUGGCGGCACCUCUCCCUUUC